AAAAAUUAUAUUAAUUAGAAUAUUGCGGGUUCCAAAAUUCUGAUUUUUUUUCUCAACAGCAAUUUGUAUCUUCUAUCCGAAAAAAAUACUAUCGAUUUGCGUAUAAAUUAUAAAUAUUAAAGGCCCAUUUUGGGACAUGUCUAGUAUUCAUAGAAUAAUAUUUAAAACUAUAGGUAUUUUUAUUAGGGCCAUAAGUCCUAGAACUCGAAACCGUAAAUAAAGCAUUCAUUCUACCAAGUAAUUGUAUUCUAUGCAUUCUACUCUAUGGCUAUAAUCAAGAAAAUGGAAUACGUAUGAGGCAUAGGGCGUCAACGCUGCCGCGAGUGGCAUACUUAAUCGUGGAGCAAAUAAUUGAGCAAGAUGAGUGAGGUGGUGAUCCGUCGCGCGCGAGGCUCGGAGCUGGCGCGGCGCGCGGAGUUGGUCCGCUGCGGGUUCUCCUCGUACCUGUGGGACGCCUUCCUGUUCUUCUUCUUCCAAGAGCUGACACUGGAGCUGUGCGUGCUGGCGGGGGCGGUGCUGUUCAUCUUCUGCGGCGUGUCGGCGCCCGCGCUGCUGCUGCUGCCGCCCGCCGCCGCCGCCGCCGUGUUGCUGCUGGUGCUGGCGACGCACCAGGCCCACGCGCACAGGCACGCGCAGAGCGUGAGCGGGGAGCUGCUGGGGCUGGUGGCGGAGGCGCGCGGGCCGCCGGCGGGCGCGCUGCGGGUGCGCCACGAGCUGCGCGACGAGCCGGGCGCGGCGCACGCCUCGCGCGUGGUGGGCACCGUCAGCGUGUCGCAGCACCGCGGCCCGCUGCGGCGCGGCUGGCUGCACGCGCUGGCCGUGCGGCGCGAGUGGCGCGGGCGCGGCGUGGGGCGCGCGCUGGCGGCGGCGGCGCGCGCGGCGGCCGCCCGGCGCGGCCUGGAGGCGCUGGACGCGUGCGCCGGCGCGCUGCAGCCCGCGGCGCGCGCGGCGCUGGCGGCCGCCGGCUGGGAGUGCCGCGGCGUCUACGAGCGCCCGCUGCUGGGCGCCGCGCUCACGCUGCCGCUGCUGCGCCUCGGCGCCGACCUGCCGCUGGCGUGA